UCCUUCCAGUUUGCACUGUUUUACAGUAAGAGCGAUCUUCUCCGUUGCAGUCAUGCCGAUGUUCGUGGUGAACACAAACGUGUCUAAGGACGCGGUUCCUGCUGAGCUGCUCUCGGAGGCCACGCAGGAGCUCGCCAAAGCGAUGGGGAAACCCGCGCAGUACAUCGCCAUACACAUCAACCCAGAUCAGAUGAUGAUGUUUGGGGGCAAAGGAGAUCCGUGCGCACUCUGCUCUCUCACCAGCAUCGGAAAGAUUGGGGGGGCACAAAAUAAGAAAUAUUCCAAACUUCUUAUGGGCCUGCUCAACAAACACCUUGGGGUUUCACCUGACAGGAUCUAUAUAAACUUUGUUGAUAUGGAUGCAGCCAAUGUGGCUUGGAACAGCACCACCUUUGGAUAAAGAGUAUGGAUUUAUGGCCUGAUAUAAGGCUGCAGUUUCUAUUCAGAGAAAGGCUUUUGGAAGCAUAAUGCUAU